GUAUAUGAAGGACAAAAGUACACCUUGUCCAUGGAGUUCGGUCCGAACUAUCCGUAUAGCCCGCCAACCGUUAGUUUCAUCUCUCGGUGCUAUCAUCCGAAUGUCGAUCCGCGCGGAACAAUAUGUUUGGACAUUCUAAAAGAAAAAUGGUCGCCUUUGUUGACAGUGGAAAACCUUCUGGUUUCGAUUCGCAGUUUGCUUGCAGAACCGAACAACGAAAGCCCGCUGAAUGGCCAAGCUGCACAACUAUGGAGCAAUCCUACUGCAUUCCGAGCAGAAAUGAUUCGAUUCCAGUCGAAUGACACAAACUCCUAG